ACUCCGCACCAAAACACGUAACUCAAAAGACAAUUUUUCUUUUCCCUGUUUUCUGCAUUAACAGAUUGAUUUUUUCAAAUAAAAAUUCAAUAAAUUCGAUCCAUGCAACCGUCUCUUCUUCAUCAAAUUCAAAUCUUAGGUUUAAUUCAAAAAGAAAAAAUAAUUUUGAGAGAAUUUAAGAAAAUCUCUCCUUAUGAGCUCUCUAAAUCGUAAACAACAGCAGAAGCAGCAGCUCCAUUGCUCUUCUUCUUCUUCUUCGUCAUCGAGCAGUCUUUUUAGUCAUUUUAUUGCUGGAAUUUUGUUAUAUAUUCUUUAUCAUUCUUCUCAGUUAAUCUCUAAUUUUCCUAUUCCUAUACACCUCUAAACGCAUCGUUUUUCUUACUCUCUUUCUAAACAAACAAGCAUUCGCGAGCGAUCAGUGAUUUUUUGAAGAAUAAUUCGAAGAUUUGGCUGAUUCUGUGUUUUUUUUAUUCAAAAAUGGAGAAUCUGAUUGAUAACGUAGGCACUUUUCCUUCACAAGUUGAGAGGCAAAACAGUUCAAUUCCUACUGUCAUCGUUAUUGGUGGUGGUAUUUCAGGGCUUGCUGCUGCACGAAUGCUGCACGAUGCAUCUUUUAAGGUGAUCUUGCUAGAAUCACGGGAGAGACUCGGUGGCCGCAUUCAUACUGACUAUUCCUUUGGCUAUCCAGUGGAUUUAGGAGCAUCCUGGCUACAUGGUGUUUGCAAUGAGAAUCCUUUGGCUCCGCUGAUACGAGGUCUGGGGCUUAAAUUAUACCGUACUAGUGGUGACAACUCUGUAUUGUAUGACCAUGAUCUGGAGAGUUAUACCCUUUUUGACAAGGAAGGACGUCAAGUUCCACAACAGAUGGUCAUUGAAGUUGGAGAUACAUUCAAAAGAAUUCUCGAGGAGACUGAGAAAGUAAGAGAUGAACACACUGAUGACAUGUCUGUUCUUCAAGCAAUUUGGAUUGUGCUAGAUAAGCAUCCAGAAUUAAGGCAAGAAGGACUUGCAUAUGAAGUGCUGCAAUGGUACAUCUGUAGAAUGGAAGCGUGGUUUGCAGCAGAUGCUGAUAUGAUAUCACUGAAAUCUUGGGAUCAGGAGCAAGUUCUUUCCGGAGGUCAUGGUCUUAUGGUGCAAGGUUAUGACCCUAUAAUAAAGGCUCUUGCAAAAGAUAUUGAUAUACAGUUGAAUCACAGGGUUACAAAAAUAUCCAACGGGCCCAAUAAGGUGAUGGUCACAGUAGAGGAUGGGACAGGCUUUAUUGCUGAUGCAGCUAUCAUUACAGUACCCCUUGGGAUUCUCAAGGCCAACUUAAUUCAUUUUGAGCCAAAGCUGCCACAGUGGAAGGUUGAUGCAAUUUCGGAUCUUGGUUUUGGCUGUGAAAACAAGAUUGCAUUGCAAUUUGAUAAAGUAUUUUGGCCAGAUUUGGAACUCUUGGGCAUUGUUGCGCCCACAUCUUAUGCUUGUGGCUAUUUUCUCAAUCUUCACAAGGCAACGGGCCAUCCUGUUCUUGUCUACAUGGCUGCUGGAAGGUUUGCUUACGAUCUUGAGAAGCUAUCUGAUGAAUCUGCUGCAAAAUUUGUGAUGUUGCAGCUGAAGAAAAUGUUUCCUAACGCAACAGAGCCGGUUCAGUAUCUUGUAACACGAUGGGGAACAGACCCGAACUCACUUGGUUGUUACUCUUAUGAUCUGGUUGGAAAGCCUGAAGAUUCAUAUGAGAGACUCCGCGCACCCUUGGGCAAUCUCUUCUUUGGAGGAGAAGCAGUUAGCAUGGAGGACCAUCAAGGAUCUGUGCAUGGAGCAUACUCAGCUGGAAUUAUGGCUGCCGAUAGCUGUCAAAGACACCUAUUAGAGAGACUUGGCUACUUCGAUAAUCUCCACCUAGUCCCUUCUAGAGGUGCAAUCCACGAUGCUACAUUUCCUCUCCAAAUCUCAAGGAUGUGAAAUAAUUUAUCCACAGUGCAGCAAAGCCCUGCGUGGCCUCUGACCUCUAGUUGCAAAUGGCUUGAAUGAUUGCAUGAAGUCUUCCACCAACUCAGUCACUGUAUUAUCUCACUGCUAAAUACUCUUCAGCCUGGCUUCCAGGGAUAAGAAGAGUAUCGUAAAUUUAGACGUUCAUAGGAAGCUGUUAGUUUGAGAACAUGACCUAGCUUUCCUCUGUAAACUAUGCAAGCCAUCCACUCAUGCACUGCAGUUGAGCAUAAGCCCUCAACCUUCUUAUUCCGGCAACACAGCAUCGACAUGGCACCUAAGAUCCUGAAGGGAUUCAAAAAGGAAUGUGUCCCUUGUUAUCUUCAAUGACACCUGACAAGAAGGGGCGGAUUGAAGAAGCAAGGAUUCUUAUAGUGACCAGACAUUUUUGUCAAGCUAUAUUAUAAUUACCCCACAGAGGAACGAAAUCCUUUUAUCCGAACUAGUUAUCUUGCCUCCCAAUGCCAUCACAAAUAGCUGGAAGAUCUCAGGAUGCCCCUUGUAUGAAGCCCUAGAAAUAUUGCUGACAUUAACAACGAAUUCGUCUCCAUAUAAGCUUCCUCACCUCCCUCCAUCUCCUCUUUGGAUACCUGAACAAGCUGAAGAUUUCUAUUUCUCUCUUUGGAUACAAAAAUCUCUCUAUCCUUUAUUUAGAUUUGGAUAGAUGAAAGCGGAUCUCAUUGGAAUCGGAUUUGCGAUCCUAUGUUCAACCCAAUGGGUGUCAGCAUCAAUGGGCACAUGGUUUCAUGGAAGGGGCACUCGGCCAUCACUGAUUCGCACGACCAACAAUCCUAAAAGUUGUUGCUUUGAACAAUAUGAAAGUCUAUUUUUUCCACAGGCAAAGAUGAACACAAGUGACAAGGAUUCCAGUAACAGAUAUGGAAUCCAUGUGUUAUUUGAUACAAGAUGGGUUUCUAGACCCAAACAUGCAUGGUGUCUGCAUCGGUAUGUUAUUUGAAAUAAGAUACAGGCACAUUAUUUAA